UCACAUGGCUCGCGGAACAACAUGGCUGCGCCCUCAGUAGGGCCGGUUGUUGGGUGCUGCGCCCGGCUCGGUCUCGUCCUUUUGCUGCCGCUGCUCUUGCUGCCCGGCGAAGCGGCUGGGGACGAAGAGGCCAGUGCGGGCGUGGGCGGGGGCGCGGCUUCCCUCGCGGGCUCCUGCGGUUGUGGCACUCCCCAGCGGCGCGGGGACCAUGGCAGCUCGGCGGCCGCGCACCGAUACUCGCGGGAAGCGAACGCCCCCGGCCAGGUUCCGGGAGAGCGGCCGCUCGCGCCCACCAAGAUGGUCCUCAUCCCCGCCGGAGUGUUUACAAUGGGCACAGAUGAUCCUCAGAUAAAGCAAGAUGGGGAGGCACCUGCCAGGAGAGUUGCUAUUGAUGCAUUUUACAUGGAUGCCUAUGAAGUCAGUAAUGCUGAAUUUGAAAAAUUUGUGAACUCAACUGGCUAUUUGACGGAGGCUGAGAAGUUUGGUGACUCCUUUGUCUUUGAAGGCAUGUUGAGUGAGCAAGUGAAGACUGAUAUCCAACAGGCAGUUGCAGCUGCUCCCUGGUGGUUACCUGUUAAAGGCGCUAACUGGAGACACCCAGAAGGGCCUGACUCUACUGUUCUACGCAGGCCUGAUCAUCCGGUCCUCCACGUCUCCUGGAAUGAUGCCGUUGCCUACUGCACGUGGGCAGGAAAGCGUCUGCCCACAGAAGCUGAGUGGGAAUACAGCUGUCGAGGAGGCCUGCAAAAUAGACUUUUCCCCUGGGGCAACAAACUGCAGCCGAAAGGCCAGCAUUAUGCCAACAUUUGGCAGGGCGAGUUUCCUGUGACCAACACCGGGGAGGACGGCUUCCGAGGAACUGCCCCUGUUGACGCCUUUCCUCCUAAUGGUUAUGGCUUAUACAAUAUAGUAGGGAACGCGUGGGAAUGGACUUCAGACUGGUGGACCGUUCACCAUUCUGUUGAAAAAACGCUUAACCCAAGUAACACGUGGGCUGUUCAUGAAUAAUCUGGAGACAUAAACCUACUUUCUUGGGUGCAGAUGAAAAAGCUGAGUUCUUCAGAAACUGUCAUCCCCCCCUCAUUUCCCUCGUACUUUCUGGCAGGGCUGGUAGAAGUAGCGGUCAGAGACAACUCUUCUCUCCAAAAUGAGAAUAAGGUUGUGACGUUCUCGGUAGGUUUGUGGUUGGGAGACGCCAUUCUCUACUGGCUAAAUGUGACUUGGCAUUUACUGUCAGAAUCAGAAAUAGAAUUUUCUUCUCCCCCCCCGUCAGAUAAAAGCAUCUGCAUGUUUGGAAGGGGGUGCACAAGGCUUCAGAAUUCUGGCAAGUUGUGAAUGUAUCUAUCUGACCAUCUGUUGUCGAGCUGCUUAUUAGCUUUCCCUCUUAGAACUGCUUGUGUUUCUUCUAAGGAUUUACAGAAAAAUUCACAUUUUUCUUCUUUUCCCCAGUCCCAGGCUCUAUCUUAAAUGUUGUCCUUGCUUUAUGAAUUGUUCUCAUUUUAGAUCUCUCUGUGUCACACUGACCUUGUUUGCUUCCUGAUUUGACUGGGAUAAAAUUCGUCUGUUUGGAGAACUAAAUCCCAACUUCCUAGAAAACUCAGACUCCAUCAUUCAAAUCUUUACAACUACCUACAUUUCCAUUGCCACUGGCAUCUCCCAUCCAUGGGACGGCACCAGCCUCCCAGCUGGGCCCUUCUUCCCUCUUUCUGCCCUGGGCAGCCACAAUGACCUCUACAGAGAACAAGUCUGAUGCUGUCACUCCUCCAUUUAAAACCCUUCAGUGGCUUCUUGGUGUCUAAAGAAGAAAGUACAGACUCUUGAACACAACUUCUGAAGGCUAACAUAAUGUAAUCCUUGCUGAUGUCUUUCUAGCCAUACCUUCUACUUCUUUAAAUGUUGAAUUAUAAAAUUUAACAAAAAUUCAGAAAAGCACAGAAAAUAGUAUAAUAGAUACCUACCAUUUAGAUUUAACAUAUAUUAACAGUUUAUUGUAUUUACUCUAUUUCUCUUAACCAGAGAAAAAGGACAGAAACUAUUCUUCAAGUUCACACUGAGUAUUGUUAAAAUUUUUAAUUUAAGCUAUUCUAGUCAAUGGAUAACGCUAUCUUACUGCGGGUUUUAGUCAUUGUAUGUUGAAGUCUGCAUCUGAUAACUCUGGUAUCUGGCUACCCCGUUGACCUGCUUCUGUUGUUCUUGGUUUUGGGUCACAUCUUCUUUCCUCACAUGCCUGGCUAUGUUUGAAUGAGUACCACACAGUGUAUGUGAAAGAUUGUAGAUAUUAUCGGGGGUCUGGAUAGUGUGAUCUUUCUCUAGAGAGGAUUCAUCUUUGCCUCUGGAAGCUUCUAUUUCAGAUGAGCUUACUCCAGUCAGGAAUUUGGAUGUUUUGAAGCUGAGCUUCAGUCCCUGUGAGGGCGAUAGUUCUUCAGGAUGCCAACCAAAAGUCAGGGGUUUUAUUCUGGCUCUUCUUCCUUGAGGGGCCCUGAAGUCCAGUUUUUUUGUUUCCUUAGGCCAUGAGUCUAUUGAAAGUUCUGCUCAGCUUCUCAGCUGCUGCCGUUGUGAAUCAACAAACCCCUAGGUGAAACUAAGUUAGGAUGGGAAAGGCUCACACCCCUGGGCUUCCCUUUGCUCUGGAAUUUGAGCCCUGCACUUCCUCACAGCUACAGUAGUUCUCACCUGGUUUGGUUAAAACUCCUGUUUCUCGCUGAGUUCUUAACUUACUUGCCCUCUUUCCCUAAUGGUCUGUGUAUCUCCAGUGCUGGGCAAAGAAUGUGGUGCAUAAUAGUUGGUCCUAUAACAAAGCCAGUUCCAGAUACCUAGAUUUGAGGGAGUUUGACCACUAUUCAUAUUUCAGGUGUUUCAAAAGCAAAGGCUAGUUGGAAACAGAGAUUUUCAGGGAGAGUUUUGAACCAAAAUAUCCAUGUGAUUAGUAAACAUUUCGACUCAGGAACUGACCUCUUCAGUGUCAUGCAUAUAUGUUAGCUCCAAGACUAACUCAUAAUGGCAAAUCAUUUUAAAGCUUCUUUGGGGGAGAUUAAGAAAAGUCAGGGCUCUGUAUGCAAAGGCUAGUCAGGGAAUAUCUUUUUCUUCUUCAGUGACUUCCAGGGAGCAAAAGUUAAUCAUUAGUGCUUAUUUUAUUGGGCAGUCAUUCAUGGCAAAAGCAGGUGGUAGAAACAUCUUGUGUGCUUUGUACACACAGUCCCGAGAGAAGCUGAGGUAUUUGACCAUAUGAAGUGGGGGUUGGUUUAGUCUUAGCUGGUAGGAGGUUAUGGGGAGGAUACAUGUGUGUGUGUGUCUCUGUGUGUGUGUGUGUGUCUUCUGUAGCUGUUUAAGAUGGCAUCACCCUUUUCCACACAGACACAAUCCAGAGUGUGACCAUUGCUGCUACCAUUUCUUUUAACCAAAUUUUUUAAAAAAAGGUCAGUAUUUUUUUCCUCUUCAGUUACCUCACCCCAAAUCCCCUAUUAAUCUGUGGCAGUAUAUAGUGCUUUCAGUAAAAGAAUGUGUAGAGCUUCUGUAGCACCCUAACUUCCAACACCUGCAUACUCACUCUCACUACCCACGUACCAUGCUGACUUGCUUACUGAUAAUGGGAAAGGUUGGUGUGAUCUUUCCCACUCUAACUCUGAGGUAUAUGGUUUCACUGGGGCAGCUUUUUUUCUAAGGGAAAGAACUCUGGGCUUGGAAUUAGUCAGAGUAACUUGGAUUAUAGCUCUGCCACUUGAUAUUAAAGGAAUCUCUCUAAACUUAGAAUAUCUUAACUUUCCUUAUCUACAAAUUGGUAAUAAUUGUAUUUGUGAAAUUAAAUUUGAUGAUGUUGCAUGUGAAAAUAUUUUAUACCUUCAAAAUAUGGUUGUUUACUAUUUUUGUGUAACCUAUGUUUUAGCUACCUAAUUGGGCUAUUAUAUGGUUCUGUGAAGCAGAAUUGAUGAGGAAUGUUGGUUUUGGGAAGCAGAAGGGAAGAAAGUGAUAUUUAUAAAUAAUGAGUGCUUGAUAUUCCUCCUAUUAUUACCUUUGGUUGGCAUAUCACAUAGUCAUCCUUACAAUGAAAAACUUGCUCUUGCUUUGUGGUUCAUUCAAGUCCAGUGGGAAUAAAGUUUUCCAAAAAGUAUUCCUUCUUUGAAUGAAUCCUGGCUGCUUACCAAAUUCUAUUAGCCAGAGAUUGAGUUUUGUUUUGUUUUUGUCAGUGUGGAAUUUGAUUGUUCAAUUAGAUUGUAUAGCUCUAGACAGUUUUGGAACUGUGUUCUGUUUUGCAAGGCUGCUUUGUCACCGUAUAGAAUUGCCCAGGGAGGCCGUAAGCCCUCCUUGUCUGCAGAGUUUGUACUCGGCUGGUUUUGAAUGACACUCUGAGCCCUUGCCCAUCACACAUGGCACAUGCCUUCCCUCUGACCUGAGAUGCACACGGACAGUGUACUGGCAGGUGCCAAACUGGUCAGUCCUGCUCAGAUACUCCUUUUCCAUUGGAUGAUGGCCCUUGAGACUUGGACUUACAUUACUUUUAUCUAUCCUUUAAACUCCACACUUGAUUGCUCCUUUUCCCAGUAACCCCUCCUCUGGCCUCCUGCCACUGCACAAAUGAAUGAAUUUUGCGUAGCAAAAAUGUUAGACUCCUGCUUAGCCUGUCUCCUCCUAGUCCUGCUCUGCCAAUGGUGUGUGUCUCUCCUUGUUUCAGCCUGGCAAAAACCCGGUCAGUAGCACAUCAUUGUUCUUAGUUGAGCCUGCCACCCCCAGCGACUGCCCCCAUAACAGCCGAAUCAGUGCAGCAAGCAGUCACCGGGGACCCAGGUCCUGCUAGGAGGACCUGACUGAGGAUUUUUACCUGCUCUAAGGACUUCAUUCACAUAUUCUUAAUGAGGAUGUUUCAGGGGUAUCUUCCAGAAAUCAAUUUGAAGGAGAAGUAACCUAGUGUUAAAAAUGAAAAAAGCCUUAAAGUGUUAAUGAAGUUGAGUUAAACUUGAUGAUAAAUUAAUAUGGUUUACAUUGUAUUUAGUAUGUGCCAAGAGGAAAGCAAGGUGAUCAAAGUAUCACCGUCUUGGGACUAUGUUUAGGAAAAGAAUUUUAUCUUUUUCUCCCAAGUGGAAGAUGGAAAUUAUCCACUGUCACUUUUCUUUGUGGUUCUGGAGCAAGGUUGAUCAUCCAACGACAACAACAAAACUGCUGAGAAAUAGAAAUAAGCUUGAAUGUAUAUGGUGGAGAUAUUUAGAUCCUGUAACUACAUUUUCAAGCACAUUAUCUAAACACUUGCUUUUUGCUUGAAAAGAGUGAACGCUUAUCUAGUUGCUAUUUGGAAGAUCGUAAAAACACUGUUUCUACUUUACAGUAAAAUUACCUUUACAGCCUCAUGUUACUAUUGACUCUUCCUGAGCAAAUAGAGCAGGACACUCAAAUGUAUUAUGGCCUCCUCUCUCUGUUUGGAGCAUCAGUGGCUCUUAAAGGUGGGAAGUGAACACCUCCAGCCUCUACCUCUGCAGAAAUCCCUUCUUUGAUACCCCUCACAGGCUGUGGACAGCCGCUGUAGCCCCUAUGGCAACUUGUCGUGUUCUCAGAUGUUCUCGUCGUUGGGAGGUUCUGCAGGCUAACCGAAGUAUUCUCUCCUGCAGCUUCAGUUCAUCUGCACUUGGUGAGAACACAGAACACAUUUUCUGUCUUGUACAUGAAAGCUUUCCAGAUACCUGAAGAUAGUCACAGCCCGUGCCUCUCCAUCUUUCUCUUUCUAGAUAAGCACUCCCAACCUUCAGGUGCACCUUGAAUAACUUGGUUUCCAAUCCAAGGCAACCUGGGUUACAUUCCUCUGAAUAACAUGAGUCGGGGUGGGGGGGAAGGUCCCUUUUUCUAAAUGGGCACCAGAACCAUACUCAGCAUUCUAGAUGUUCCCCGAUACAUGCUAAUCAUCCUGGGGCAGUCCUUUUUCAUCAUUCUCUCUCAUCAGAUCUCCGACUAUGUCAGCAGUUAAGAGGUGAGUCGGUGGAAUCCAAUAGAACUGGGUUUGAAUUUUGUUGCUACAAUUCUGGCUUAGCCGUGUAUGUCACUGGGCAAGCCACUUAACUUCUCUGGGACUCGGUUUGCUUCUUUCUUAAGAGAGGAUGAUGAGUCUUACUUCAGAGAAUUGUGAGGGACGGAGAGAAUGUUUGUAUCGCCCAGCACAAUAUUUGCUCAUAGUAAGCCUAUAAUACAUGGCAGCUUUAGUUUUAAUCAUUAUUACUACUCUGGCACUAUUAUCGAGGCGAGGGCCCUCCUACUCUUACUGUGAGCAGUGCAGCAGCAACGGGCCCUAGAAAGCUUGUAGCCAAAUAAAACUUCCCCCUUUCCCCCAUAUAUAUUGAUGUUAGGCUUUGUCUCCCCAGAUAUUGUUGCCAUACAGCUGUUUUUUACGUAACUUUCUUUAGUUUGAAGGGAAACCAUUUUGAAUUUUCUCUAUGUUUAUAGCUGUGUUUUGAAACUUCAUGCAAAGCCUAUCUCUUCUCUCCAUCAAGUUCAGUUUUUUAUGGGUUUCGGCCUUGAGAGACAGCCUAUGGCAAUCACUGUGACUGCCAGCACUGUCAUUUAUGAUAGUAGCUUUCCCUUCCGGCUUCUUAGAAUUGACAGAUGUGGCUGUGUUUUUGUCGUUGAUACACUGUGAACGGGGCGCUCAGCCCGCAUUUACUGAGCACUUACUGUGUCCCAGGGUUGUCUUGGGGAUGCAAAGAUGCAUGAGACAGGCCUGGUUGUUAAGAAGCCUAGAGGUUGGGUAGUGACCAGAUUCAUCAGGGGGCACUGUGGUAAGAAUUGUUGCUGAUGUGGUAGAAGUGGGAGCCUCUGUUCUCUGCUGGGUGGAGCUGGGAGGGCUUUUCUGAGGAGGUGCCCUUGGAAGAGACGGCAGCAGUCGGUGAGGUCACUAUGCUAGGACCUCGACAUCCGAACACAGGAAAGACAGGGUGCAGCUCUUUGAGGAAUUCAUGGUAAGCAGAGAAGGAGUUUUGUCUCUUCUUUCUCUGCUGCUUCCAUUUUCUUGAAGUAAGUGCCCCACUACUGGGACCCUGAGCCGCAGCUGCCCCACGCUCACCCUUCAGUCCUGAAGCGUCAUGCCCUUUCCGUGCUCAGAGUGAAAGUAAAUAUAGUGGGCGCCUGGGUGGCUUAGUUGGUUAAGCGACUGCCUUCGGCUCAGGUCAUGAUCCUGGAGUCCCGGGAUUGAGUCCCGCAUCGGGCUCCCUGCUCGGCCGGGAGUCUGCUAAAAAAAAAAAAAAAAAGAAAGUAAAUAUAGUGAGGUGUGUGUGUGCGUGUGUGUGUGUGUGCCUGUGUCUGUGUGUGCUUGUUUUUUUAGUUUUGCUAGGUGUAUUUUUUCCCAUCCUUAUGGGAGCAUUAGAGCUGUUUAAAGAAUUUCUCUUACCUAACCAGCUAGGAGCUUUGGAGAAUGACUUGUAAAUUGUCUUUCUUAGCUUGGUAUGCUCAGUAAAAGGGCUUUCAUGAGCCAUCUUUUUCACAUUGUGUAGCACUCCUGGGAAGGAAAAGCCAUGUGUUCUAAGAUUGGGAUGGCAGAAGGUCAGCAUAAUGGAUUAGGGUUAUAACAGAAGUGUUAAAUGAAAAGAGUGAAGAGUUUACUACUGUGAUUAUUUGCCAUCCUCAGUCAGGGUCUUCCUGCCGCACAGAGUAGCAGAACCAUUGUUACAUGAUGAAAGCAGAGGUCAGUAGCCUGGAUUUCCAUCUGAUAUUGAACUUGAAAAUGUCGUGGGGCCUUAGGUGAGUCAUCUCACCCUUGUCUGGCUUAUUGCUUCAUCUAUACAUUUUGCUAAGGGUGUAGCAGGCGAUUCCUAGGGCAUAAUAAAUUUGGGCCACUGCCCUGGUGUCCGGUGCUGGCUUGGAGAGUAGAUAAUGGCUGAUGAAGCAGCGGGCAGUAACAUGGUUAAGAGGACUGGUUUAAAAAUAAUCCAGACCUGGGGCGCCUGGGUAGCUCAGUUGUUAAGCAUCUGCCUUUGGCUCAGGUCAUGAUCCCAGGGUCCUGGGAUCAAGCCCUGCAUCGGGCUCCCUGCUCAGCGGGAACUCUGCUUCUCCCUCUCCCACUCCCUCUGCUUGUGUUCUCUCUCUCUCUCUGUGUCUCUCUCUGUCAAAUAAAUAAAUAAAAUCUUUAAAAAUAAAUAAAUAAAAUAAAAAUGAUCCAGACCUAAGUCCACAUCAUAGUUCUGCCACUUGAUGGCAUGGGGGACUUGUGGGAAGAGGAUGACAUCCUUCGAUUCUGUUUCCUCAUAUAUAAAAUGGGAGUAACAAUCACAUUUAAGGACCUGGGUUGUUCUCAGGAUUAAAAAGAGAUUAGAGCAGUUAGCACCACGCCUGCCACAUAGUGAUUACUCUAGAACCACUUAUUAUUUUCCAGGUACCUCUCAGUUGGAACAUUUCCUUUUUGAAAAUACUUUCCCCUUCAGCACUUCCUUCUGUUUUUCACUGGACCAUAUUGAGUUCUUUUUCUUUCAUUUAUUUAGUACCCAUUUAAUGAACACGUGCUGUGUGCUAGGGGCAGGCAUAAACAUCAUAGUUCUUGCCUACGGAGAAUUUGAAUUUCAAAAUCCCUAAUUAUUGUCCCUUACUUCUAUGGUAAUAGCAAGUUUUUGCCCCACUGACCUUUGGGAAAUCAGAACCAAAGCCCAGGUUUCGGCUUCCUCUCAAAGGUUGUUUAUUCUUUCCAUGUGCCUCUGUGUACUUCUGUGUCCUUUUUAGUGUAAGGCUACUUACCUGGAAAGGGCCAAGAAGAAAGGAGCGUGGUAGGGCUUGCAGAUGCUCCCUUAUUUAUUUGGGUCCAAAGCCGAAAGACCAGGUCUGAGCAGCUUUUCUGGCCAGAGGAGGGGUACUUGCAAAAUUCUAGGUGGAAGUAGGCCUACAUAAUGGGUCAUUUGCAGAGGUUUUAAUCUCCUGUCUCAGUGUGCUCUGCGGUAUGAAUUGACAGCCAGAAGCUUAGACGCUGCCUCCUCAGGACCAGCCCUUCUCAACCAUACAUGGCGUUCUGUCUGCCACUCUGUGGGCUUCUCGUCCCAUCUUCUGCAUACUCAGGCUCCCCUGGGCAGUUUUAUUCUUGGUUUUACAAUGACUCUCCCAAUACUCUCCCCAGUAUCUUAGCCCCUUAUUUACGCUUAACAUUUUCAGUCAAGGUCUCUAUCUUAUCAUGCUUGGCAGUCACCAAAAGCUAAUUUAACAUGUGUAUUUCCCAACACAGAGAAUAAUUCUUGUCUUUAUAGUUUUUGACACACAACAGUCCAUAUUCAUAAACCAUUUUCCCACGGUACUUCUCAGUCAUAGGUGGAAUCAUUACCACUUGUUUGGAAAGAAAAAGUGGGGUCUCUGUCAACUUGAAGAUAGUUGCCCAAGCCCUUCCCCACAUCAGCUUUCUAGAUUAUUAAAGUGUGUUUUGGGUUCCAAAAGAAGAGAUAAACAGACAUGGCAUCCAGGUGUGAUCACUCUGAUUUUACCCCAGGCUGCCUAGUGCUUUUGUGAGGAGUCAAGUUAAAGUGCUUAUUCUUUACAUGUGUAGAGGUCCCCCCCACUUCAAAGUGCUUUCUCUCUCUUAGUCUCUCUCCCUUUAUUGCUCAUAUCCUCAAAAUAUUCCUGCUUGUGCAAAAGGAGGCAUGUGGUCUUAGACUCAUUUCUUAUGAUAAUUCAUAGAGUGGAGAGAGGUGUUGACUUUGUCCUGAUUUUGAAUUUGAUUUUCAGAGUCAGGAUUAAAUCCCAGGUCUUGUGAUCUUGAGACUUGUACAGUGUUACCGGACUCCAGAUGUUAUUUGAAAAACAAAACACGAAAGGCUACUUACUUCCUUGUAGUAUUUUAUCACAAACUGCCUACAUUAAGUCAGGAAUUUCAGGAAGUGUUAUAAAUAUGGAAGAUAAUUUAGGAGAUGUGAAUUGCUGUGUCAUGCAGUGGCUUCUUCCAAAAGCAAGGGAGAGGCAGGGAAUUAUGCCUCUCGUUCCUUCCAUCUUGAGAUUUUAAAUCAACUUUCUGUCCUUAACCUUCCUAAUCUGUUAUUUCCACUAAAUUAUUUUUAAAAAUUACUGACUUGGCAAAUCAGCCUUUGUACCUAAAUUUGACUUGUUAAUUAAUUGUAAAAGUAAUAUAGUGUCAUUUCCCAUUUCUAUAGCCUUACCUUUCAUGACUCCCUAUGCCAUCGUGUGACUCAUUUGUUCUUUCCCUAAGGAUCUGGAAAUAAAACCAUGUUAUUGAGAAGAGAAAAAUAGAACAGUUAAGUCAUCUUUUCUGCCAGGUUAUUCUGGGAAUUUUUUUCAUGUGGAUAUGUAGACACAUUUAUAAUAUAGGCAUAUACAUACCCACAUGUGUGAUUUCUAUAAAAGUAUAUACUUUUAUUCAUUCAGGAAAAUUUAUUGGCAGCCCACUCAAUGCCAGAUUCAAAUGUUGGGUUCUGGGGAAUCCAGCAGACACAAUUCCCUUGCCCUCAUGGAGCUUGCAGAUGUUAAAGAAUCAAGCAAACUCACCUAAUUACAUACACAUGUGUAUGUACGGAAGAAGUAUAUAACAUGAUGGUUGAAAGCAUGCAUUUUUGGAGUUGGACCUGUUUUCCUAGCUUAGCCGGCUACAUUAAGUCACUUAAACUCUCACUCAGCUUCCUCAUUGGUUAAGGAAAUAGUAGCACCCCUGUGGAGUUACUGAGAGGUUUUAGUAAGAUAACGCAAAGAAAAAUUUUAAUGUAGUGGCUGGUAUAUAGUAAGCCCUUGACAAAUCUAAUUAUGACCACUAUGUUUCAUGUGUAAUGACAAUUUAAUUUCAGUAAGUUAGCAAGCUAUGAACUGAUACCUAACUCUGAAAUCAGAUCCAUGGAAGACAUUUGUUCUGGACCUUUUUAAAGAUUUUAUUUAUUUAUUUGAGACAGAGAGAAUGAGAGAGACAGAGAGCACAUGAGAGGGGGGAGGGUCAGAGGGAGAAGCAGACUCCCUGCCGAGCAGGGAGCCCGAUGCGGGACUCGAUCCAGGGACUCCAGGAUCAUGACCUGAGCCGAAGGCAGUCGCUUAACCAACUGAGCCACCCAGGCGCCCUGUUCUGGACCUUUUUAGGAAUGUGGUAAGGAGAUAAGCCAUCUGGUAGCGUGCAGUUAUAAAUAAUGCUUCUUUCUGUGGACAGUCUCUAGUUUAUAGCCACUAAAGGAAGUACACACUGCUUCUAAUGAGGCAACAGAACUUAUGGAAUUGGGCCCUUACCAUUUGUCUACUUUCUAGAUGUUGAAAAUAAAAUCAUGGAAGUCUUCAAGUAUUCUUUGAAAAUAAUGUUUAUCUAUAAAUACCACUUGGCUCAAGCUAAUUGCUUAUACUGUCUUUGUAACUUGCUAAUGAGUUGUCAUUGAAGAACACAGAAGAUUGUGAGAGUAAGAGAAUGUGAUAAAUGAAAUCCUUAAGAAGGCUACACUUUAUUUUUCUCACUUCAAGCAGUGCUUAGGGCCGUAUCUGACUUUGUAAGUAGGACUGAACAGUUUUAUACCAUUAUUAUGAGAGAUGGAAGUGGUUGAGUAUGGAGCAAACCUUUCAGCAAAUGUAGUCUGUACCCUGUGAUGUUGGUGGUUUGGCUAGUUGGCCCAGAAGUUACUUUCCUUGAGGAUGAUAGCACUAUAUACCCUGCAUUGUUGAGGAUGACGUGUACUUUAGAACUAAUCCAUUGGAUAGACCAUGAAUGUUCUAUUAGCAUAUUAAGCCUUCUGAAAUUACAAAACCAUCUGCAUAUUCCAUAGAGCAGAUGAUGAGAAAGUUAAUUCUUUGUUGCAGAGUUUCAGUAGGCUACUUACUUUCUCUUAAUAGUUGCUUCUUCUAUAUUUAUGUUGACUGGUUUUCAUCCUAGAUAUUUCAUGGUCUUUAACAAUGGUGUUAAAAAUUACCAUUUAUUUCCAUAAUUACUGUAGUCCAUGCCUUUUCAACAGCUCAUAAAUACCUACCAUUAAUAGGUGAGAGUAGUAACCAUUUUCUUAGCACCUUGCUGCUCUUUUCUCUUUCUCUCUCUCUGUGCUUCCUGCCAGGAAGUUGGAUAGAGUGGCUCUAAGAAUUGAGGCCCUUGGCCACCUCAUACCCACUAGGAUGGCUACUGUUUAAAAAACAGAAAAUGAUAAGUGGUGGUAAGGAUGUGGAGAAAUUGGAACUCAGCUCCAACUAUUGUUGGGACUUGCUGUGGAAAACAACAUAGGUUUCCUCAAAAUAUUGCAAAUAGAACUAUAUGAUCCAGCAGUCCCACUUUGGGAUAUACUCCCCCAGAGAACUGAGAGCAGGGUCUUGAAGAGAUAUUUGUACACCCAUUUUCACAGCAGCAUUAUUUACCAUAGCCAAAGGUGGAACUAACCUAAGUGCCCCCUGAUGAAUGGUUAAUGGAAAUAUGGUACAAACAUGCAAUGAAAUAUUAUUUGGCCAUAAAAGGGAAGAAAAUUCUGACACAGGCUAUCACAUGGAUGAACCUUGAAGACAUUAUGCUAAGUGAAAUAAGCCAGUCACAAAAAGAUAAGUAUUGUACGAGUCUGCUUAAAUGAGGUACGUAGAACAGUCAGAUUCAUAGAGACAGAAAGAAUGGCAGUUGUGCAUUUAGCACUUGUGGUUGCCAAGCGAGAGCGGGGACUUAGUGUUUAAUGGGUUGAGUUUCAGUUUUGCAGGCUGAAAAGAGUGCUAGAUUUGGACGGUGGUGAUGGUUGCACAACAGUUUGAUUGCACUUAAUGCCACCAAACUGUAUGUAGUUGACGCUUGAACAACAGAGGGUUAGGGGCACUGACACCCUGCAUAAUCAAAUAUCCACGUACAACUUUUGGCUCUUCCAUAAGGUAACUAUUGAUAGCCUGCUACUGACUGAAAGCCUCACCAAUAACGUAAACAGUCGAUUAACACACAUUUUGUAUAUUAUAUAUAUUGUAUACUGUAUUUUUACAAUAAAGUAAGCUAGAGAAAAGACAAUGUUAAUAAGUAAGAGAAAAUACAUUUACAGGACUACAGUGUAUUUAUCGAAAAAAAAAUCCGUCUAUGAGUGGAUUUGUGCAGUUCAAAACCUUGUUGUUGAAGGAUCAACUUGUACUUAAAAAUGGAUGAAAUGGGGGGCUCCUGGGUGGCUCAGUUGUUAAGUGUCUGCCUUCGGCUCAGGUCAUGGCCCCAGGGUCCUGGGAUCGAGCCCCGCAUCGGGGUCCUUGCUCAGCGGGAAGCCUGCUUCUCCCUCUCCUACUCCUGCUUGUGUUCCCUCUCUCGCUGUCUCUGUCUCUCUCUCUCUCCAUCAAAAUAAAUAAAUAAAAUGUUAAAAAAAAUGGAUGAAAUGGUAACUUUUAUGUUAUGUGUAUUUCACAACAAUUAAAAAAAAAAAAGUUCAGGUCCUUGAAUAAGGCACCUGAAAGACAGUUGUGUUGCUUACCUCUCAUCUUGGCAAGAAUUGGAAAGAAUCCCUGGAGUACAAUCAAACUGUUGUGCAACCAUCACCACCGUCCAAAUCCAGCAAAGUGAUUUGGGAUGGGGAAACCUUAAGGUGCAAGGAUCUGGGGAUGUAUCCACCAGCUCGUGCUGAAUGGAGGUAAAGAAAGGACUUCGUAGGGUUUCUAGUGCAGCACCUGAAUUUCACAAGGGAGGACACUCAAGCCAAGAGUAAAGUGACAGAACCAGGACUAGACGCUGGUUGCCCUGCCUUCCUCGCCUGUGUGUUGGCUCCCUGGUGAUGCCUCCUGCCAUGGCUCAUCCUGUGGGAUCUCCGCAGUUUUCUCACUGAUACUUCCUGCUUGUAAUGUGUCGUAAGCCCAGCACUUUUUCUUUCCAGAGUCAGUAUCAGACACUACAGAUCAAGGGCUCAGUCCCACAAGGCUGCUCUCAUUUCAGAUGCCUGCUCCAAAUGAGAUCACCACACUAGGCACACUUCUGCCCAGCAGAUUACAGACUUGGGGGUUCUCCUGAUCUCCCUUUCAGGCUGGGUAAUUUACUACAACAAUUCCAACUUCCCAGCACCUCCGAUUGUUCAACUUGGUAGCUCUCUGAACCCUGUUGUUUAGAGGGUUUUUACAGAUGUUUAAUUAAGUAAGCAUGAUUGAGCAAAUCAUUGGCCAUUGGUGACCAAAGUCCAGCCCCCCUCCCCUCCCUGGAGGUCAAGGGUGGUCCUGAAAGUUCCAAGCCCUGUAAUGGCUUGGUCUUUCUGGCAGCCAGGCCCCAUCCUGAAGGUAGCUACACACCUAACCCCUGUCCCUAAUGAAACAUCUCAUUAUCUUACAAAAGAAAGACAGUCAUCACUCGGGACAUCCCAAGGACUUUAGGAGCCUUCUACCAGGAACCAGGGACAAGGACCAAAUGUUUAUUUUUUAUUAUACCACAGCUAGGAAGAAAGGGAUAUACGAGGUAAGAGGAGAGAUAGUGAUGGUGGGUGGAGGGAGGGCAUGAUCUUUCAGCCCAUCUGGUGAAGUGCCAUCUGACAGAGACAUUCACUGGAGCAUUGAAGCAAACCUUGCAGUUGUCUGAGGGAAGAUGCAGGAAGAACUCUAAGUGUAAGAAGACAGUGGUGUCACUGAGGAAUUUGAGAAAAGGGAUGAUGUGAAACACACCAGUAUCAUGUUCCCUUAAAAAACAUGUCCGCAAGCGGUCUUGUAUAUUCACACAAACACUUUCUACGUAUCUGCCUGAUGUUGUGGCUCAUUGAGGUUUUAUGGUGCCUAUAGUAAUGAAACUAUUGAACUCCCUACUUAUCACCAUAUUUCUGGGACAUGAUUUGUCCUUGGAAGUCUUUGAAAACCAUUCCAACAAUACACAAGGGAAGAUGAGAUUUUUACACAGCAGGUCUAUGAAAUGGAACAGUUGCUUCUAUGGUAUAAGGUUAAGACCCCCAAACCCAGUGCGGUUUGAGCCAGUGAAACCACUAAAGGCAUCUGUGGUAUCAAUCUGAGUAUGCAUGUCCAAGUGGUAGGUGUUGCUGUGGAUUGUUAAUAUGGGUUUAUUCCUGGGUGAAAUAAGCAGAUAUUCCAUGCUGAGAGAAGUGAUUAAGAGAAGCACAUCUAACAAGGGGCAUGUUUCAGCUGCAUAUCUAACAACAAAUGAACGUCUUUG